CAGGUUGGAACCACAAUUUGAACCUCGUGGAAAUUAGUAGAAGCAGAAAAUUUUCCUAAUCGGUAAUUCUGACGGCCGAUUCUUAAAAUUUUCCAUAAUCAAACACACUUCCUCUUAGCUUAUAAAUCAACAAUCAACAAUCAACAAUCAACAAUCAACAAUCAAAAACUCACUUACCAAUCAGUACCAAACUCGAUCCUCAGAAUGUCUUUUGUUACCUCUAGACCGAUCCAGUAUCGUAUUUACGGCUACACAUCCGCCGCUUCCGGCGAGCAACCCUAUCAAGUUCUGCAACUCCAACUGCGCUAUUUCCGCCGUGAGAUCUCUGUUUCUCCGCUCUCCGGAGUUACGUACCUUCAAGAAACUGCACCGAUUCUACUGAGGAAUCUUCUGUUCCCGCUCCGUCUGCAGGAACUCCAUAAUCCGGUGUUCCUCCAGGGAUGGAGCAAUGACAAUGCACUGGGGGAGGAGACGGCGAUUCUGGAAGAAGCUCGGCCGGUGACGGAGAAAGUGGAAGAGAAUGGGGAAGAGAUGGGGGAUUGCAGUAUCUGUUUGGAAGAACUGAAUGGGAAUGGGAAUGGAAAUGGGAAUGGCGAAGGGAAGAAGAGGGAGGAGGUGAUAAGGAUGCAAUGCGGGCAUGUGUAUCAUGAGUCAUGCAUCUUCAACUGGCUACACCAUAACAGUUCAUGCCCCUUGUGCAGAGCCCCAUUGUGA